AUGUCUCGGCGUCCGGACCCAGCUCGCGCUGCGCAAAACCAGCAAACCAUCAAGAAUCUAUUGAAAUUGGAAUCAAACAAGACCUGUGCGGACUGCAAGCGAAACAAGCAUCCACGAUGGGCCUCAUGGAAUCUCGGUAUCUUCAUCUGCAUCCGGUGCUCAGGCAUCCACAGAGGGAUGGGCACCCAUAUCAGCCGAGUCAAGUCCGUCGACCUUGAUGCUUGGACGGACGAACAAUUGCAGAGUGUGUUGAAAUGGGGCAAUUCGCGCGCUAAUAAAUACUGGGAAGCUAAAUUGGCGCCUGGCCAUGUUCCCUCCGAAUCCAAAAUCGAGAAUUUCAUUCGUACCAAAUAUGAAUCCAAGCGAUGGGUGAUGGACGGACCGAUGCCCGACCCCUCAACAUUGGGAAAUGAUGAUGAUACUCCGCUCGCAGUUGUUCAAGAGCGAGCCAAGCUUGAGCGCUCCGCAUCGCAGCGUGCAUCCGUCUCUAGCCAACCGCCUGCCCGCCGACAACCGCAGCCGUCCAUUGAUUUCUUCGGCGAUGAUGACGCUAUCAGCCCUCCUGCGCGACCUAGCACAACUGGGCCAACGACUGUUGCUCGUCCUCUCCCUCCACCUAGCUCCGUACAACCCGCUGCUGCGAAACAGACAAAGCCGGCAGACUCGUUGUUAGGAUUGGAUUUCUUUGGCAGUACCCAGUCUACCCCAGCAAGUCGUCCUGGUAGCGCGGCGCCUACGCCUGGUUCACAAGCAGGGGCUUCAAGACCUGACUUGAAGCAAUCUAUCCUGUCUCUAUAUGCCACUGCUCCAAAGCCACAGCCUACGUCGGCACAGCACGACCGAACGUCUUCUUUCGGAACUACCGCCUCCGGACAGUCGAAUGUGAAUAGUCUAACGGAUGCCUUUAGUGGAUUGACAUUCCCUUCAGGUACUUCUACGAAGCCACAACAAAAGUCACAAUCGCCAUCCAACGAUCUUUUUGCGGGGUUAACAGGAUUUGGCGGUCCCAACUCACACCCAGUAGCAUCCAGAGUGACUUCUCCGGCGUCUACCGGUAGAGCGGGGUUGUUCGAUAGUAUAGCAUCAAACACACAGAGCUCAAAACCUGCCACCACCACCUGCACAUCGAUCUCCUCCAACGGACUUGAUUUCGGGUUCGCUCAAAACUUCACCUCUCCGGUGUCACAACCAGCAAAGCCUACGCCGCCAGCCCCGAGCGUUUCUAACGAUUUAUUUGAUCUCGCAGCUCCAUCACAACCAACAUCACCCCCUGCUUAUUCUCAGCCGACUUCGUCAGUCUUCAAUCUCUCAUCCAGCACCAUCUCCACCCAACCCGCCCAAAAAGCUGCACCAACUACUUCCACAUCAAACGUGACGAGCAUGUUCUCCUCAUCUAGCAUUGAUCCAUGGGGAGGCAACGCCUGGAGCACCCCGGAUCCUGCCCCUGCCCCUCCAGCCGUAAAGCCAACUACUGCAGCUCAAUCAUCCAUUACCGACUCAAUGAGGAUGCCUGAUACCUUGACUUCGCGCGACAUCGGGGCUGGCUGGGGUGUACCUGCAGCCUCUACUACUACCGCAACUACUACCACCACUACUACCUCAGCAGCAACAGUUGCUCCCGAAGAUGAUUUUGGAGGAUGGACUAGCGCCGCGCCUGUCUCAAAUACGACCACUACUGCUAGCAGCGGCAAUAAGCCUGCUGCAGGAGGGUUUGCGGCGAAUGAUGAUUUGUUUUCUAAUGUAUGGGAGUAG